UGUCCCCGCCCGGCCGCCGUCGUCCCGCUGCCCCCGCCGGCGCGAGCCGCCCGCAGCAUGGCGGGAGCCUCCCCCCCCACCCCCCCCCCGCCCCCCGGCGGGCGGCGGCGGCUGCGGGACGACGGGCUGCGGACCGCCACCUCCGGCGAGCAGACCAAGGUGGAAGACAUCGUGCAGGAGAUCUUCAACGCCUGCAAGACGAACCAUCACGCCUCGCAAUUUGUCCUGCACCGGGAGAAGCACUUCCAUUACCUGAAGAGAGGCCUCCGGCAGCUGACCGAAGCCUACGAGUGUCUGGACGCCAGCCGGCCCUGGCUCUGCUACUGGAUCCUGCACAGCUUGGAGCUGCUGGACGAGCCCAUUCCCCAGUCGGUCGCCUCUGAUGUCUGCCAGUUCCUGAGCCGCUGCCAGAGCCCCCAGGGUGGCUUUGGGGGGGGCCCCGGCCAGCACCCCCACCUCGCCCCCACCUACGCCGCCGUCAACGCGCUCUGCAUCAUCGGCACAGAGGAGGCGUUCGGCGUCAUCGACAGGAAGAAGCUGCUGGAGUACCUGCACUCGCUGAAGCAGCCCGACGGCUCCUUCCUCAUGCACGUCGGCGGAGAGGUGGACGUCAGGAGCGCCUACUGUGCCGCCUCCGUGGCCUCGCUGACCAACAUCCUCACCCCGGCGCUCUUUGCCGGGACGGCCGAGUGGAUAGCGAGGUGCCAGAAUUGGGAGGGCGGCAUCGGCGGGGUGCCGGGCAUGGAGGCCCACGGCGGGUACACCUUCUGCGGCAUGGCGGCUUUGGUCAUCCUCAAGAAGGAACAUCUGCUGAACCUCCGGAGCUUGCUGCGCUGGGUGACCAGCCGGCAGAUGUGCUUCGAGGGCGGCUUCCAGGGCCGCUGCAACAAGCUGGUGGACGGCUGCUACUCCUUCUGGCAAGCCGGCCUCCUGCCCCUGCUCCACCGUGCUCUGCACGCCAGGGGCGACACGGCGCUCAGCAUGGAACGCUGGAUGUUUCACCAGUUGGCGUUGCAGGAAUACAUCCUCCUGUGCUGCCAGUGCCCGGCCGGGGGGCUGCUCGAUAAGCCGGGCAAGUCCCGAGAUUUCUACCACACCUGCUACUGCCUGAGCGGGCUGGCCAUCGCCCAGCACUUCGGCAGCGGCGACCUCCACCACGAAGUGGUCCUGGGCGGCCCCGAGAACCGCCUGCAGGCCACGCACCCCGUCUACAACAUCACCCCCGAAAAGGUGGCGAGAGCGGUGAUGCACUUCUUGCAGCAGCCUGUGCCCAGCCUGGAGCCGGCGGCUGCUGCCAACUAGGGGCCCCGCUGCCCCCGGACUGUGCGGAGCAGCCCUGCCCGGGGCCGGUGGGGAGCUGCCGCGGCAUCUCGGCGCGGACGGGCAGAGCGAGGUCCUCAGGGUGCUAGCAAUACCAAAAACCGGCCUGCCCCGUGGCCGUCAGGUCCCGCUGCCACCGGGCCGGGCAUCCGGCUGCCCUCCCGGCAGGAGCCAAGCUGGCCGAGGGGGACACGGGACGCGGCAGAGCUUUUGGCAUCAAUAAACCAGAACCGACA